CUCUGUUUUGCCCUGAGCAACUUAAAGUUGCAUCUCUCUGUUUUGUUUUCUCUCUCUCUCUUGGAAAGUACACUAAGACUUAACAGCAUGCGAGGGGUCAUCUUAUUGUCGGUGCUCCUUUGCGCCACCUGCCAUCUCGCCCUUUCCGCAACCAAUGGCACGGCAGCGAGGAACGGUACUGUGGCAGACGGGCUACUAGAUAAUGGUAACUUUGAGAGCGCCCCAAAUGCAACAAACAUGAAGGGAACCGUGGUUGUGGGGCGCUACGCAAUACCAGGAUGGAUAAAUGAGGGCUUUGUGGAAUACAUAAAGUCUGGGCAAAAGCAAGGGGACAUGUUGCUGGUGGUGCCCGAAGGGGCGUAUGCAGUCAGGCUAGGAAACGAGGCAUCCAUCAAGCAGGCAAUAAAGGUGAUCGUAGGGCUGUACUACUCCAUCACAUUCAGUGCAGCUCGGACUUGUGCUCAAGAGGAGAGGUUGAACGUCACGGUGGCGCCGGAUUCCGGUGUGCUGCCCAUCCAAACGGUGUAUAGCAGCAACGGUUGGGACAGUUAUGCAUGGGCAUUCAAAGCAAUAGCUGCUGUAAUAGAAUUGAUUAUUCAUAAUACAGGAAAGGAGGAAGAUCCAGCUUGCGGACCCCUCAUUGAUGCUGUUGCUAUCAAGGCUUUAUAUCCUCCCAGAGCAACCAACAAGAACAUACUGAAAAACGCAGGUUUCGAAGAAGGUGCAUAUAUAUUCCCCAACACUCCAUGGGGUGUCCUAAUCCCACCCAACAUCGAAGAUGAUCACUCUCCUCUCCCUGGAUGGAUGGUCGAAUCCCUCAAGGCCGUCAAGUACAUCGACUCAGACCAUUACUUUGUGCCUCAAGGGCGAAGAGCAGUGGAGCUAGUCGCUGGGAAAGAGAGUGCUAUUGCUCAAAUAGCAAGAACCACCAUUGGCAAAACAUACAGACUCUCCUUCUCCGUAGGGGAUGCUAACAAUUCUUGUGUAGGUUCUAUGGUUGUGGAGGCAUUCGCCGGCAAAGACACGCUCAAAGUUCCCUACGAGUCAAAGGGCACAGGUGGAUUCAAGCGAGCUGUGCUUACAUUCUUGGCUGUUUCCACCAGGACAAGAGUCAUGUUCCUCAGCACCUUUUACACUAUGAGGAGUGAUGACUUCUCUUCUCUAUGCGGCCCCGUCGUUGACGAUGUGAAGUUAUUGAGUGUCCAUCAACCUUGAUCACGAUCAACCUCUCUCAAGGCUGUUGAUGAAGCAAGUCGGAUAUGACCUAGAUUUGGAUAUAUCCAAUCUUUUGCUAUACUAUGAAUGUUUUCUUUUUAUGGGCAUGGCAUGGCAAAUAAAGGGUUUUCGUGUCAGCUUUAGCAUUUUAAUCCAGCAAAAUAAGAGUAUAUAUAUAUAUAUACAAUAUAUCAGGAUAGUAUACUAGUGUGAUUUUAUUACGUGUUUACGUAUUUUAGCAUAAUAAACGAUAAAAAAAUUAUUAACUAUUCA